UCCACCAUGGAGACCCGCUAUAACCUCAAAAGCCCCGCUGUUAAACGGUUGAUGAAAGAGGCUGCUGAACUGAAGGAUCCAACAGACCAUUAUCAUGCACAGCCCUUAGAGGACAACCUUUUUGAAUGGCACUUUACUGUCAGAGGUCCUCCAGAUUCAGAUUUUGAUGGAGGUGUUUAUCAUGGUCGAAUAGUAUUACCACCAGAGUAUCCUAUGAAACCACCAAGCAUUAUUCUCUUAACGGCCAAUGGCAGGUUUGAGGUGGGAAAGAAAAUUUGCUUAAGCAUCUCAGGACAUCAUCCUGAAACAUGGCAACCAUCAUGGAGCAUAAGGACAGCUUUGCUAGCAAUUAUUGGAUUUAUGCCAACCAAAGGGGAAGGAGCCAUAGGAUCUCUGGACUACACGCCCGAGGAAAGAAGAGCACUUGCUAAAAAGUCUCAGGAUUUCUACUGUGAAGGAUGUGGAUCACUUAUGAAGGAAGCACUCUUGCCCCUGACUUCUGGAAGUGCCUCAAGCCAGGCAGAUAAAGAGGCCAAGGAACUUGCCAGGCAAAUUAGUUUCAAGGCUGAAGUAAAUUCAUCUAGAAAAUCCAUCGCUGAAUCUGCAGAUACCUCUGGAUCGAGCCAUUUGACCAGUUCCCCUGAAGCCCAGCAGCAAAGUACAGCUCCAUCAUUCCAGGAUGCACCCUCCAGUGAAGUGUCUGACAAUCAGACUAAUUCAGCCACUUCCAGUCAAGAAGAACAUGCCCAAACGGUGUCAAGUAGUACAUCCAUGAGCCCGCGGCAGCGACGUGCACAGCGGAGAAGGGUGCCCUCUUCAACCAACUUCAAUCAGGUCCAGCAGCCGAGAGUCAACACAAGCCACAUGGGGUCAAAUAUGCUGAUUGUUCUCCUUGUUUUAGCAUUGGCGGCCCUUAUAUUCAGGCGAAUAUAUCUAGCUAAUGAGUAUAUAUUUGAAUUAUGAGUUUAUCUUGUUCUUCAGUGACUUGAAUGCUUUAUUGAAACAUUCUGUCAGAUAUGUCUUGAGGACUGUUUACAUAAGAUUACAUUUUGUAUUUACUCAUUUUAAGUCUGAAUGUUAAUGUACCAUGAGGCACAUUAAUUUCUGUCAAGAAAGCGCACCGUGAUAUGGGUGUGAAUGUGAA